GUGUGGCCGUCAGUGUGUCGCUGGCAGCUGGUGGGGGAGGGUGUGCUGCGCUACUUGUCCGUUGUGUCAGACUCUCCCUUGCUUUAGUGCGGGAAAGUUUGUGGAAAAGUUAACUAGUGGGUUGGCAGGUGUGGUGCUGAAGGGUGCUCGGGUGUGUGUUAACUGCAGGUGUGUGCGUGUGUGUGUUGGUUUACGCGUGAACUACACCUGUUUGGGCUGAAGACAGAUCGUUAUAAUCAGCGUCUUUAAGAUACACACUGGGCCCGGAUGGUGACCUGCCACGUCGGAGGGGGGUAGGGGCCCCUGAAACCCCCUGGUGCCCCGGGCUUCCCCUGGGGCACCCCUGGGAGAGUCACGGCGGCAGUAGAGGCGUGAUGUCACCGGCGGAUGUAAGCUGUACAUAGUGACAUCACAACACCACACUGCACCAUCACCACCACCACCACCAUGACCCAGCGGCGGCGCCCUUGAAGGUGGUGCGUGAACCAGUUGGGGAGGGCGGGAGGGGGGCAGUCACCGCACCACCACAAGCACCACAUCACCACAGCACCAGGAGACAAGGGAAGGAGUAGGCUGUGGUGAGGUAACCCCCCACAGCCACCACCACAACCACCACCACCGCCGCAAUGCCCAACAUGAACCUAAAGAAGUUGUGGCGUAAGAAGACAGUCACGCUGACGGAAUAUGACCCAACCUACAAAGUGGUCUACCUGGGCAACGUGCUCACUGGAUGGGCCAAAGGGGAGGGGUGCGUGGACAAGCCGCUGGCAACACUGUGGAGGAACUAUUGCCAGAGUAACCGCCAGGAUAUUGCCAUGAAGGUCACCAUUUGCGGGGCGGGGCUGCGAGCGGUGACGAGGGAGCACGGUUUGACGGAGUAUUGGGCGCACCGGGUCACCUACUGCGCCGCCCACCCCGCUUACCCGCGAGUGUUCUGCUGGGUGUACCGCCACGAGGGACGGAGACUCAAGCAGGAGCUGAGGUGUCAUGCUGUGCUCUGCCCCAAGAACACUAAGGCGGAGGCCAUGGCGACACAGCUGCGGGUGCGCCUGGCCACGGCCCUGCAGGAGUUCCGGCGUGAGAAGGUGGUGAGGCAAAAUGCGCGGCUGUCGCUGAUGCACGCCCUCUAUGACUCCGCCUCCAUCCCGCGCCGCAAGCUGAUGCUGUCCACGGGCGGCUCCAACUACCGCCCCCCGCUGGAGAGGUCAAAGAGCGCCCCAAAGCUAGGCGCCAUCGAGGAGACUAUAGAGGAGGAGGAGGAGGAGGAGGAAGAGGUGCAGAGCGACGACGGCGAGGCGCCCUCAGUGCACCUGCAGCCCGGCGAGGACGUGGGCGGCUCCAGCACUGUGUCGGACACCACUUCGGACAUCCUGGUGGACUACGACUCAGGGAGCGAGGCGGCCAGCGGCGGCGGCAAGGACACCUGCUUGCUGGACGAGGAGGACGUGGAGGAGGCUCUGCAGGAGGGAAGCAGCAGCGGCAGGUUGGACCACCAGCUUCCGUCAUCUGCUUCGCCUUGUUUCUCCUCCCCGGACCUGAUGUACUGCCCCGCGCCGCCCCUGCCGCCCCUGCCGCCUUUGGAGGCCGUGGAGGAGGCGGGGGACGAGGACGAGGGGCGGUGUGGCAGCGACACUCACGAGGAGGAGGACGCGGAGGCAGACGGCGGGGAGUUGGGCCUGCUGGCGUCCUUGGCGCGUGACCUCACUUUGGCGGCCCCCGGGGAGGAGUCCCUCACCUCGGACCAGCCGGAGUCCCUGGGCUCACACUGUGACUCCUGCGGCUCGUCCUGUGGGGCGUGUGAGGUCGGGGGGGAGCAGGAAGACCGCCUGGACCACCACCACCACCACCACCACCACCACAUCCUGGAGGAGGCGGUGGAGGGGCGGGGCAAGAUGGCGCGGCUGGAGGGGGACAACAUCAGCGAGGAGAGCGGCUACUCUGAGGACAAGGACUCCCUGCAGAACCUGUAGUGUGUCGAGACGCCGCGGCGCCCCGGCCUGCCGAGGGACGCUCUGUGACGUGCUCUAUGUGUGUGUGUGUGUGUGUGUGUGUGUGUGUGUGUGUGUGUGUGUGUGUGUGUGUGUGUGUGUGUAGGAUGCCUGGUAGGACUCACACCACCAUGUGUUCCGGGGCCGGCGUGGCGCGUGUGGGCCGCAGCGUGGCGUGACGGGCGGUGUGGCCAGUGCCUCUCAGACUGUGACCCUGACGUGCACAGUUGUUGUUGUUGUUUGCUCCCUUGUUAGCCGCGGCAUCCUUCUUGUUAAGGACCCUACCCUCCCUUGUUACUAGUCUUAGGGCCUCCCCGCCCCCCCCCUCCCAGGACUGAAGGUGGCGGCGGGGGCAGAGCGAGGCUAACCCAAGCAACCCAAGCAUGCAAGCCUUAACCACACCAGUGGCGGGGUGGUGGGGCCGCCUGCCGCUGUUCCGGAACGUGCGUGCAUGGCGGCGCGCUCACCACCCCUGCAGAACACACCAGGAGAGAAAGAGAAUCAAAAUACCUGAAGCCUCACCUGUUGAUGUUGAGUUGAGUUGUACCUUUGUUAGCGGUGCGGUGUCAGUGUGUGGGCGUGAGUGGCGGGGGUAGCACAGUGCCUUGCCGCCCACUCCCCGCGGCUCAGCUGGCGGGGUUGACUGCCUGUGUGUCUGAAGGGCAGAUUACCGUAGCGCUCAACUGUUAUGGUAAAUCUGCAUCUCAGUGGCGCCCUUCACCCUUCACUCCUCUCCUGCGGCAGGGACUUGGCGGCGGCAGGAUGGUGGUAGUGGUGACGCCCUCAGUCCCCUGCGCCCUUCCAUAAGUCCCUGCCAGCCCUCAUGAACCAGUGUUGCAUUCCUCUCCCUGCCUCAACACUUCACCGCGGGAUCGUGUUCUCUAAGGGCGUCUCGUAGUGGUGGUGGUGAUGGUGGUGGUGGCGAUGGUGGUAGUGGUGGUGGAGUGUUCACGGGUGUUCUCAUGAGUGUGGUGGUGAUUGGCAAGGGUUCAUCGCCUUUAACGGGCUCCACUGCAAGUUUUCGGGUUUUCAAGAGUGUUGGUGAUGCCAGUGAUUGUCUGACGAGAAUGGCACACUCGUAACAGACUGUAGUGGAUGUUGUCUGGGUCUGCAGCAAAAUUUGGUGAUGUUAGUGAUAGGAUGAUCAAAAUUUCUAUACAUUGAACUGGCCAGCGGAAGUUAUUGGAGUUUUCAAGGGAAGUUAGUGGAGUCUAAAGGGAAGUUAUUAGAAUUUUCAAGGGAAGUUAUUGGAGUUUACUAUUAUUUUCUUUAUCUAAUCUAACCAAAAAAGAAACGGUGGACAUUACUGACAUGAAUUAACACACUCAUGAGAACCACACACGAAAAAAAAAAAAUCCUGAUAAGAUAGUGAAACCUUUAAGAACACCUCUUCUCCCCUCCCCCAACCUUCCCCCUUCUCACCGAGCAAUCCUUUACAUCCCCACACCUCAAGAAUUGCAUUAACGGUGGGUGGAGAACAUUUAAGAACACUUCCUCUUCCCCUUCCCCAGUCUCCCCUUAUCAAGCAAUUUUUACCCCCCACCACCACCACAAGGACAACAGGACAGAGGGGGAGGAGGGCAAGAUCACAAGGAACAAGCUACCCUGGGCAUGCCUUCCGCUCACCACCACCACCACUCAUUGUAAUCUACCUUCCCCGCCCCGCCAAGCACUCAAGGCCACUCCUCAAGAACUGUCGCCUCUCAAAUGUACUUUUUCCUCCCCUUUACCUAAACCUGUGGCCUGAGAGAGAGAGAGAGAGAGAGAGAGAAAGGGAGAGGUUAUAAUUCUCACUCGUCUCCAAACCCCAUGCUUCUUCAGCCCCGUAAGAAAGAAAAUGGAAGUCAAAUAGAGAAAAAUAGCAGAAACUAAACUAAACUCCAUUCCUGUGUUGUUUUUGUGAGAAUGAUGUCUAUAAUGAAUUCCAAGCUCAGACUCGCCCUUGUGUUGUGUUACUAGCGAUACAGAAUUAUAGUAGAAAGAUGUAAUGAUGGAAGCAAGAAACGUACAUAUAAUAUUAUUGUUAUUAUUAUUAUUAUUAUUAUUAUUAUUAUUAUUAUUGUGUGUGUGUGUGUGUGUGUGUCAAACGUCCGCUGUGACUAUUGUGCCUCAUUAUGCUGUAGUAUUGUAACCUUUCUUCCUCCUCCUCCUCCUCCUCCUCCUCCUCCUCCUCCUCCUCCUCCUCCCCCACACAUUCUUCUCUUGUUUUCCUUUAUUCUUUUUGUUUCACUUGUUACUCUGUCACUUUCUUCUUCUUCUUCUUUUUCUUUUUCUUCUUCUUGUUCCCUUCGACUUAUGACCCCAAUGUUGCAGCGUUUAAAUCAAUCAAUCAAUCAAUUAAUCAAUCAGUCAGUUAAUUGAUCAGCCAUCCCUCCUCCUCCUCCUCCUCCUCCUCCUCCUCCUCCUACUACUACUACUACUACUACUACUACUACUACUACUACUACUACUACUACUACUACUAUUCAGUAAACACGUACCGUACUAUUAUAACGUUCAGUAAACAUUAUAAUAGAGAGAGAGAGAGAGAGAGAGAGAGAGAGAGAGAGAGUGAGUUUUCUUCUGUAACUCAAAAUGGUAUUACUCGCUAUACACACAACAGUAGGCAUGUUUCCCCAUCUCUUAUUCCUAUCACUGGUGUCAAAGCGCGCGGUUUCGUUGAGGGAAGACCAAGAUGAAGGUCACAAUGGUCAGAAAUGUCUCGUGGCGUAUGUUUUGAUGUUUUGAUCUUUUCUUCUUGUCUUCCUUUUUCUUUAUCUACUCUUGUUCAUCAUAUUCAUCUUCCUUUCUUUCUGUUUUCAUUUUUGUUUCCUCAUCUUCAUCUUUCUUUUCUUCUUUUUUUUCUUUCUUUCUCAUAGUUUUUUUCCUUCAUCUUUAUCAGUCUUCCUUAAUUCUUUGUUUCUAUUUUCAUUUAUGUCAUCAUUUUCAUCAUUCUUUUCUUAUUUUUCUUCCUUUCUUUCUUUUUUUAAUAUUUGUUUCUUCAUCUUUUCUUUUUUUCUCUCUUUUCGUUUUCUUUUAUUUCUUUCUCUCCUUUCUUUUUCUUUUCUCUCUGUCCUUUCGUUUUCUUCUCUUUCUUUCUCUCCUUUUCUUUUUGUAUGGUCUCCGGUAAGGAUUAUACUUAAAAAAUGUGAGGAAACUUUUUAUUAAUUUGCACGUACGAUGAUUAUAGUGUCGCCGCGUUGAAUUCUAUCUAUUGAAGCUUAACCUGUGUAAAUGUGAGGGAGGGAAAGCGGGAGGGAGGGAGGAAAAAAAAAGAAUAAUGUCAUAAAUACUGCUUUAAUUUAUUCUCGCCAAAAUACAAUAGAUGAAUUAAUGGAUAGAAUAUGACUAGAUGAUAAAAUAGUAUGUAUAUUUUUUAUUUGGAGUUCACUAGAAGGAUGUAAUGAUGGAAAUUGUAUAUGUAUACGUAAAGGAAAUAAAUGAAAAAAGAAUAGUAUCAAAAUAAAUACAAUAUAACGACUAUUUAUUGUAGGAAAUACUAGAGAGAGACAGACAAACAAACGAACAAACUUUAGCAUUCCGCGCGAUCGUGUGUGUCGAGAGAAGAAUAAUAGUAAUAAGAAAAUAGUUUAUCUUCCAAGUAAUGCAGCUAUUGGUGUGUGUGUGUGUGUGUGUGUGUGUGUGUGUGUGUGUGUGUACAUACGUCUGGUGCACAUGUCCAAGGCAAUGUCAGGGAUGUACAUAAGAACUGUAAUUUUGUAUCAUAUAAGCAGAUCAUCUUCCAGCAUUACCAAAUAUACUGUACCAUUAUUAUUAUCC